GGAGCUGGCUUUUCAUCAAUGUAACAGCUUCUUCUCACGACGUACGAACCAGUUCAAAAGCACCAAGACAUUACCCAGAUCGAAAAUAACAUCACUAAAAUGUCAACUUUGACACCUCCUGAAGACCAACCUAUCAAAGCCCGCAGCAAAUCCAUCACACCAAGUCAGCCUCAAAAUGCUACCCAACUCCCAAGUAAAACUUUCGGUAACAUUUUACAAGUCUCAUCGCCCCCAAAAUCCAAAUCGAUGAUCGAUCUUUCGACUCUACGGCCAGAAACCAUAGCAGAAAAUAACAACCUUGAUCCUCACUUACUUGUCGUUAUGCAGGUGAAGAACAAACAUGGAGAUAAAUAUGGACGUAUGGAGUCUCAAGAAUAUUUAAACAAGGCUGGAGCGAUAAUCGUCAGGGAUUUUGGCUCGCAAGAAUCGCUUGAUGAUCUCAGGAAGGCGAAGAAUAAAAUUACAAAGAGAAAGGUUCGUUUCGCGGAUAGUGGUUAUUUUGAUGGUUCUAGGGAUGCAGAGGAAAAUAUGUUCGAUUGUGAGGUAGAUUUGUAGACUGUUCAACGAAGGGACACCAGGAGGAAGUUAAGGUGGUGGAAAGAACAAUGGGGAAUUAUAUUGCGAGAGAACCCCCUUAGUUUUCCGCGCUAUAUAUCUAAAUAGAUUCAAGAAUCUAAUACAAAAUCCGUUGAAAUUCACA